CGCCACAAUUCACAGGUGCCGGGGUGGGGGGUGGGGAUGGUGAUGGGGCCAGGGUGUGGGAGCCAGGAGCAGAAGACAGCGGCGGUGCGAGCAACAGCUCCCUUCUGAGCACCCCCCGACGCCUCGCGGAGUCCGCAGAGACAGCCAAAGAGAGGCCCGGGCAGGGGGAGGCAGAGGGAGAGAGGAGCUGGGGGGAUGAGAGAAGAGAGAGCGAGAGUGCUGAUGUGGCGCGCACUGUAGUACAGUGCGCGCGGCCUGACACCCUCGUUACUUUGCGUUACCCCGGGGUGCAGUUUAUUCUGAGCCCGCGUUACUCCCGGGCCCCGUUACCUCAGGUCGACGUUCGCACCCCCCCCCACCACCGGGACCGUUACGACUGAGUCAUGUCGAGCGACGGGAGCGACGCCGAGGACGACCCCGUGGAGAGGGAGCAGCAGGGUUACAUGGAACCGCCCCCUACCCCCUCUGGAAGCAACGAUUGGGCUGGAUGUUCUCAUCGGCAUUUGCACGGGAACGCUGACGAGUAUGAUGCUGACAGUGCUGUCAUGGCGCUGUGGGAAGGCAAGCAGGCGAUGCGGCACACUCGGCCUGUGCUGCCCGACACGGUGACGGAGCUACACACGGCGGACGGUGGGCGCGUGUUCCUGGUCGGCACGGCGCACUUCAGUGACAGCAGCAAGGAGGACGUCGCCACGACGAUUCGCGCGGUGCAGCCGGACGUGGUGCUGGUUGAGCUGUGCCAGUACCGCGUGUCCAUGCUGAAGCUGGAUGAGACGACGCUGCUGCGGGAGGCUCGCGAGCUCAGCCUUGACAAGCUGCAGCAGGCCAUCAAGCAGAACGGCCUUAUGUCAGGGCUGAUGCAGAUGUUGCUGCUGAAGGUGUCGGCUCACAUCACGGAGCAGCUGGGCAUGGCACCCGGAGGGGAGUUCCGCACAGCUUACCAGGAGGCCGGGCACGUGCCCCUGUGCCGAUUCCAGCUGGGAGACCGCCCCAUCCCCAUCACCUUCAAGAGAGCCAUUGCAGCGCUGUCGCUCUGGCAGAAGCUCAAGCUCACAUGGGGGCUAGUCUUCAUGUCCGACCCCAUCAGUAAGGAGGACGUGGAGCGGUGCAAGCAGAAGGAUCUGCUUGAGCAGACGAUGGCGGAGAUGAUCGGGGAGUUCCCAGACCUUCACCGCACCAUCGUGUCGGAGCGCGACAUUUACCUGGCAUACACUUUACGGCAGGCGGCGCGGCCACUGCGGCCCCCGCACUCGCGGCACGCCGCACCAGUACCGGCGGUGGUGGUGGGCGUGGUGGGGAUUGGCCACGUCCCCGGCAUUGAGAAAAACUGGGACCUCCCCCUGGACAUCCAAGCUGUCGUCAGGAUACCUCCGCCAACGCGCACUGCCCGCGCGGUGAGGCUGAUCCUGAAGGCCACUGUGCUGGGUCUGGCUGGAUACGGCUGCUUCCGCCUGGGCCGCUGGGGCGGCCGCUGGGGCGUGCGGAUCCUUCGCUGGUGACCGGGCCACACACCUUUCCCACGGUCUCUUCUUCCUCGCAAACACCAACGUCCCCCAACAUCGGGAUGCCGCCUUACAGAGGGCGAGAGACGGGAGACGCAGCAGCUCUCUGGUGGUUGGGUGGCUGGCAUCCUGGCAGGCGCCGGUCUCGCGUCAGCCUUGCUGCUGCUGAACACUUGGCACUUGCAUGAGACUGCGUGCGCUUAGGCAGAGGGGUUAGCGCUUCCUGGCGCUGAUUGAGGGGACAGAUGCACCUGAAAAACCAUGUGCAAUUUGUAUCUGCAGUUUUUUUUUCGCCGUAAGCCCUCGCGACAGCACGAGCGAGUGUCUGUGGGGAGCGAGCGUUACGUUGUCAAAAGCUGUUGUCACGAUUGUUUAGCUGCACACCGCACCGUGUGAAGGCUCUGCUGCUCUCUACACGAUUACGAGUUGGUAAUAAAAAUGACUUUUACAGACGUGGCCUUGUGGUGUGCGUGAUGCUCGCGCCCUUCCCUCCGUUGCCUCUCGGCAACACCCCUUAAACCGCAUCCAGGGCCUGCACUGGCCUCCACUUGGUGCCGCUUUUCAGGCCACUGAGGCCAUGUGCCAUGGUGUUCAGCGUGACCGCAUGCCCUGUCCGUAUUUGUUUUUAGUCAUACAGUUUGUCUGCUUUUUAAACACCAAUGUUAAGGUAUGCUAGCCACGAGAUGGUUUUAGGAGAGAGUUCACUUAGUUUUGCUCCGUUGAAGGAGCACACACUAACAGUGGAUUUAUUAUAUGGUCCAUAGGUUGGGCUGCAUGGCCAUAAUCUCCCUAAUCAUGUUCUAAUUGUGAUUUCAAUGACAUGAGACAAGGAAAAGCUUACAUUUGGAACCCUGGGAGAUAGCAAUGCAGAAAAUAGUCCCAGAAGACGAUGUGAUGUUAAUGCUUCUGUGUAGUCACUUCACCGGGCCUUUAUCCCUACUCGGGGUGCAGAAUUUUCCUUUUCAUAUGCUCAGCAAACGUGUUACAUUGUCAGAUAAAGCCAUGUUUUGUAAUUGGAGCUGGAGUAAGCCAAAUAAUGGUUAAAAAAACCGAAUUUGUUUCUUUUAGUAGUGUCACAUUUUGUACUGUUCCCUAUGUGUUGUCUUGUCAACUGACUGGCCACUUAGUCUCUUUUGUCUGCACUGCUCUGUUGUAAAUUUGCGCUGUAUUCGUACAAUGGCACAGCUGUUGUCCAAUCACUUUUGUACUGGUUUGUAUUAUCUAAUGAGUACUGUAUUGUCGUCCUUAAUUUGUCCGUGCUGUGGUUUUUUUUUCUGCCCCGGUUUGUCCAUCUCAUUCUGCCUCCCAUUGCACUGCUAUCCCCCUGGGCCACGUCGGCGUGAAUAUGAACACAGAAAUACGACAUCGUCGUAUAAUUUUCAUUGCGAUUUCCACAAUGAUAAUCGAUUUGUUGGCAAAUGAAUCAAUGCGAGUUUCGUUUGGGUCAGGAAUCAAGUUUAAUCGAUGCAUCGUUGCAGCGCUAGGUAAUUCACAUAUGUCACAAUCACGACUUCUGAGCACGUACACGCUUGAGACUCCUAGGUCGUGUGGGAGAAAGUAGUCGCCUAGAAUCUGACGUAAUUGUAAACUAUGUUUAACCACAAUAAAGCCUCGAGAUUCAAGUCUCAUUUCCAAGCAGAGUCCUGCCACAGAUUGCAGGCGUCUCAUUAUUUCCACGUGAAACCAACAAGGCCAGCGAAAACGUCCCGAGGCGUUGAGGUUUGAUUGAUGUCUGGAUAUGCGUUGGUCACACGGGGCCAUUGUGUGGUGUGUAAAUAAAAAAUAUAUA